AUGGCUGUAGAGCUCCUUGAAUUCAAGAUCUUUGCACUCUCCGCAGUGAUGCUGACGUCACUGGCUGGUGUGCUCCCGCCUAUCCUGCGUCCUGGGAUGGGGAAAGGAGGGGCCCAUCCUUCUUAUUGGUUUUUCCUCAUGCGAUCGUUCACAGCAGGCGUCAUGCUUUCAUUAGCAUUCGUGCACAUCAUAUCAGAGGCAUUCGAGGUCAUGGAUGGCUUGUGCGGGAAGUACCCGAUCGCAUCUGUGUUCGUCAUGUCAGGGCUUGUGCUCAUGAUCUGUGUUGAGCGCGGAGCGCUGGAUUUCAUGUCUCGCAACGAUGAUGGACAUGGGCAUCAGAUGUCAUCGCAAGAGUUUGUGUGCUGUCAGUCCGACAUGCACCAGCAUUCCCACGGGUGCAUUCGGCAUGCUCACCACAACAGCAGCGACCACACGCAGCCGCUGCAGGAGAAGCUCAUGUCGCGAUGCUGCAAGGGGCUGGUGCCUGGCUCGCACCUGCCGGCCGAGCUAGAGGAUGAAUGUGCAGAGGAGGAUGGCUCGGGCGAGAGCCAUCAGGAGCACUCCCAUGAUCAUGCUGAGAUCCAGCAGGAGUCGAAGCGGGGUGAUCUAGAGAGCGAUCUGCUGGAAGGAGGCAAGAAGCCAAAACCGCCUGAGCUGAUGCUCGGCAUGUUGGAGGUAGGAGUCAUCAUGCACUCCUUGAUCAUCGGGAUGGACCUGGGAGUAAUGUCUCAACGGCCUAGCGCGAUCGUCGGGCUGGUUGUUGCCCUGUGCUUCCAUCAGUUCUUCGAGGGGCUGGGGUUGGGAACGUGUAUCUCCUAUGUAGUGCACGACAGCCGGAGUCGCAUCUCGAAGAACAAGCUCUUGAUCAUGGUCUCUUCUUUCGCCCUCACCUUCCCUCUCGGCGUUGCUAGCGGCAUCGUCUUCUCCACCAUCCCCACCUUCCGACCAGGCUCUGAGUUCCAACGGUGGAUUCAAGGAUCACUGGACGGAAUCAGUGGGGGUAUCCUUGUGUACCUCGGCCUCGUCCACUUCAUAGCAGGGACAUUGAUGUACCUCAAGGAGCCACCGGGGGAGACCUAUGCUCGCUUCGCGAGAGACUUUGCUGUCUCGAUCGAUCCCAACUUGGACAUCAACCAGAGCUUCAAGCGCGUCAUCUCCUCCUUGCCGCCCUUGGACUACUCGAACUUGCCCGAGGACGAGGAGAAGGUGCUGGAGAUGGAGAAGGCAUGGUGGAAGGAAGCGGUGUCACAGGUGGUCGGAGAGGAAGCAGCAGGAAGCGAGCAUGCUCCCUCCAAGAACUUCGACGGCUACUUCGAGGCGCUCUUUCAUCACUUUGGAAAGGGAACAGCAUGGGCCCUGUACGCCGACCGAUGGCUCUGUUGGAUGGAGCUGAAGGAGGAGCAGGUCACAGAGCUUGCAAGCUUCAUGGUCCUUCCCAAGAGCGCUAGAGCGCUGAAACCGCAAGAGGAGGCGUUUGCUGCAGCAGUCAGGGCGGCUGAUGAAGUUUGGGGAGGGGAGAAUCAAAGUUCUCGCAUGCUGCGAUGCCUGCAUGUCGGAGACAGCAUCCCCUGCGAUGUCGAAGGAGCUCUCCGCUGCGGGAUACACGCAGUCUGCGUUGAUAGGAAGGGAAAACAUUCAGAUGGACUUCCGCAGUAUCCGAGCGAGCAACAUGACGUUGUCGCUGAUCUGUCGAAGGUCCCUGAGAUUGCAGAGCGAGUGCAUCCUCGGAUCUUGUUUAGCAAGCAGCAGAGCUUCAUCAAAUCCCUCGAUGACAUCUCCUAA